AUGUCGUUCCAACCGGCGUUUAACGCGCGGCUGAUCGCCGAGGUGAAGAAACAUCCAUGUCUCUAUAACCAUUCCAAAAGGGGCAGCGGCGAUACUAUGGAACGGAUGCGGAUAUGGGAAAUGAUCGCAGCUGCGGUUGACAGCAACUGCUCAGGUGAUUUUGCGAAGAAACGAUGGCUGCAGUUGCGAGAUCGCUAUCGGAAGGAGCUCAAGACGGCAAUCAAGCACAAUUUCGUGACACCGAUUCGAUGGUGCUACUUCUCGCACCUGUCUUGGCUUGAUCCUUACCUGAAAGAUAAUCUGGUGCUAUCAGCAUGUGAUGGUUACGGCGAUAACAGCGACGGCUAUUCCAACUGUGUUGACGGUCUAUCAUUAAGUAAUGUGAAGGCGGAGCUGGACGAUGGUGAUUGUGAACAGUCGACUUCACUGAUGGAGGCAUCAGUGAUCGAUCGCCUACUUGCCUCAACUCAUCAAAUAAGCAGACAGCAUAGAGACCCCAGUGACGACCAAAGCUUGACCGCAGCUGGCGCAGAAGAAGAUCUAAAGGCAGACAGCGGAAGGAGUGAAGAUGGUGCGGCUUCGAAGGAGACGAACGAGAGAAAAGGCGAAAGAAGCGAACCGACAAUGCAGCUACCGCAGCCACUCUCAACCUCUGCUCUGAAGAAUCAGAUGACGAUCCGCUACCAGCAGCUGGAGCAGGCUAUGAUCAAACAAGCCAUGAACGCUGGAAAAAGCGUUUUGGAUUGGAUGAACGACGAAGACUUCCUCUACUGCCGGAUAAUUGGAGUUCGAUUAAAGAAAUGGAAUCCUAGAAAGAGAUAA